AAUUAGACCAAUAAGGUAAAAUAUACAAGUGUUUAAAUUUAUAGAUUCUACACUACUUACAUAGAUGUGAAUUAUCAAAGCUAAAAAAAUAAAGACGCUCAUUUUACAAGGAAGAGAAAAGUGACAAUAUAAGUUUUAAAAUGGGGAAAAAAUUAACACAAAAGUUUCAGGCUACCCUGAAUCCGCCAAUAUUCUUCACGAACAAAGUGAACGUAGAGACAGUCAGAGAGGCGUAUCAGUGUGUUGAACGCAAGAGAAUAGCCAUGAACAUCGAAGACAUCAGAUGGGGUGAGCUAAGCUGGAGUGCAAGCAAGUCGACGGACAGUAGCCAGUUUCACCGAAUUAUCUCAAAACAGAAAGGAAGAGACGAGAGCACUACAGAUGAAAUAGCCAAGACACAAGAGAGUCAGAACAAAAAGAAAACGGAGGUAACUACAGUUAAACCAAGUCAGUCCGAGAAUGAGCAAAAUAGAGAGAAAGAUAAGGGCACUUCAAAUAAAUCAACCCAGAAUGAAGAUAAGCAGAGUAAAGAAGAAGAAGUAGAGAAUAUUACGGAAAAUCCUAAUACUUUUAACGUUAGGAAAUAUGAAGAGGAUUGGGACCUUCCCAAAACACCAAAAGUGUUGCUGUGGCUGUUUGGUGCACUGGAUGACAGCAAUGACCACUCGGACAAACUACACCCCGGCCUGCAAGAGUUCCGAUAUUUAUGCAAAGACCUAGUCGAAGCUGUUGCCCAGAGCGGAUCGUGGCUGAUAGUUCGAGGCAGCGACUCGGAACUGUUCGACUACAUCGGAGAUGCGUUGGACAUCCACAGUCUUACGGUCAGCAACUUGAAAGCCACUGUCAUAGGAAUGAUGAAAUGGCCCUUCAAUGAUAACGCCUAUCAGGACGUCGAUAUUCACAAAGAUGUUUUACAGGACAAGCUGCCGAACCGAUAUGUCAUUCACUAUCAUAAAACGAAAGACAACCACCCAAAGAUAAACCCUUACAUUAAAAAUUACAGAUUUCAAGAUGAAACUUUCGAUAUUAUUGAUUUAAAGGAGUAUCCUCCAGCCCAGUGUGCCAUUGUUGUCAAAGGUGAUAUGAAAACUGUUAAACUUAUCAAGAAGCUCAGUCAAAAAGACAUCCCCAUUAUUCUUAUAAAGGGUUUUGGUGGUGCUACUGACAUGUUAGCAGACGAACUUGAAAGCGAGCAAAAUAUGACUGAAGACCAAAAAUCAGAUAAAAAGGAACAAAGUGACUUAGAACGUGUCAAAUUGGAGAAAAAAGUCAAGAAAGUAGCUCACGGGCUGAUUGGGAAAAAAGAAAACCAAAAAUCUCAAUGGCUUGUUACUGUGAUAAUCAAUGCUGUCAAGCUAAGGCGUCACAAGUUUGUGGAGUUCUUCAUCAGUAAUGGCUGUGAUUUUAGACAGGUUUUUACAUUGCGCACAAUGAAUGGAUUGUAUGCUAAAUUGCCUGGAAAGGUGACUAGUUUGAAAGAUGUUUCUACAGAGCUGAUCAAAAUGCUGGGAGAUUUCUAUUUGUUUGAACACUACAGAAAAGUCCAACAGAUAACCGCAUUUAGUCAAGAUGAAUCAUACCCAUCAGUCAAGAACAAGCUAGCAUUCCGUGAUUUGUUUGUAUGGUCAAUUUUGGUGGAUGAUAUGGAACUGUCUCUGGUAUUUCUGGAAAAUGUUGAACAUCCAAUAUAUGCUGCACUGCUUGCCUAUGGAGUUUUUAGGUGGAAACACAAAAAUGAUAAAAGUCAAAGAAACGAGUACUAUGAAAUUAAAAAACAUUACGAAAACCUGUGCAUUGAACUUGUCAAAUCUUCCUUUACUAAAGAUGAGGAACAGACAUACCACCUUUUGUUAAACAAACUCCAUGACUGGGGCAAUGUAAGUUGUAUUGUGAUGGCCAUAGAGACAAGAAACAAAGGUUUUCUUUCUGAAAUAGCCUGCAGCAAACUUAGGGACAGGAUAUGGUCAAAAGGACAGAAGGCAUAUCCCAAGGACAUGGGGGAUCAUUCAGACACUAAAACAGACAGUUCUUCAAGCAAUAAAAGAUGUGAAUGUAGCUUCAAUUGCUUAAAGUCAACUAUACUUUCUCCAAAAGCACUUUUUAUUUUUGACUUGAUUGGCUUUGUGGCAUUUCUAAUAUUCUAUGCUUACCUGCUUGUGUGUGCGUUGAACCUCAAUUCUUUUCACGAGCUGGAGUGGGUUAUCUGGGUGUGGAUUCUCGUUUUCUUUCUUGAAGGUUUUUACAAGAUGAAAUACUUGACUGAUCGAAAAGUAAAGAAUAAAAAAAAGGCAACAGAAGAAAAAGAGUCGACCUGUGAAACUAUUAUUUUGAAUAUUCAAACAUUUUUCUUGAUCUACAAGGAAAUUCACAUGAAUGUUUUUCAACUGCUGGAUUUUUUUUCAUUCACUUUCUUCAUUGUGGCCUGGUCACUAAGAUGUAGAGCCUACUAUGCGACCAAUGACAAGGCUAUUUACAUGGAUUUGGCAUUGAUUUUCUUUAGCAUUGAUUAUGUUUUGUACUGUUUGAUUGCUCUAAAGUUCUUCUAUGUCAGUGCAUUGCUUGGACCAAUGAUCUUGAUGAUGUCUAAAAUGAUGGUGACCCUAUCAAAAUAUUUGAUAAUUAUGUCGGUGUUCUUCAUUGCUUUUGCCAUCUCAGCAGAGAUGGUUCUGAAUCCGCAUUCCAGUUUCAGUGGCGAACUCAUAUUCAGUGUUUUACGUAGAGCCUACUGGAGUGCUUUUGGCAACUAUUUCCUUGAUGAACUGGAAGAGCUGGGUAAAGAUAACACAUCCUGCACCAAUGAUCCAUCUCUUUACUCGGACUACACUGAACUCCGAUGCCCAACUUAUGUAGGAAGAUAUUAUGUGCCAGUGUUAAUGGGGAUUUAUGUGCUCAUUGUCAACAUCCUGUUGUUCAACUUAGUUAUAGCCAAGUUCAACACAACUAUUGUCAGCAUUGAAAACCAAGCUAGAAAGGUGUGGCAUUAUCAAAGAUUUGUUGUUGCUGGAGAAUAUUCAAGACGUUUAUUCCUUCCACUGCCUUUCACCCCAUUAACUAUUUUAGUAUUUGCUUGUCGGUCCAGAAAAGUUGAUGGGUUUUUUGCUCAAGAUUAUGAUAAACCAAAGAAAAAAAGACUGCAAAGACUAGAGCGUUUUGUUAUGGAUGAUUAUUGUAAAAAAAAAUCAAUAACUGAUAGCAAAACAAGUGAAAGUUUUAUCAAUGAGGGCAGAGAUAAAGGUAAGAAAACUGCAAUGGACAAAUACUUACUGUAG